AUGACCUCUCCGACACCUCAACGCGAAGUCAUCUCUCCUUCCUCCAUGGUAUCGUCCCUUUUAGAUUCGAUACUUCCAAGUAUGGAUGAGCUUAUUCAUGUAGGCGGGGGUCAAUUCUUGCUUCGAAAGAAAGGCCCUCCCGGUUACGAAUGUCAGCAAAAAGUUAUACUCUUACGAAGGUCAUUUUCUUGACCUCGGUAACAAAAACCGGACGUUUCUGAGCAAUUCCAAGGACCACUUAAGAUAGCUGAAGCUAUUAGAGUGGUUCCUAAAAACGUCCGAUUCGCGUCCGUUUUACUUAUCGUUAAAAUAAUCUAACUCGAACCGGAGACUCAAAAAAGUCUUUUCAAAAAGAAUCAAGAAAAGUAACAGUAAUUUUCUAAUGCAUGUUUGAAAAAGGAAAGAGCGUUUUCAAAGUUAUCUUUGAGUUUAAAAAAAUCUUGUCUCAAUUCUUAGGAACGAAACAAAUAUGCUUAAAAAGUUGAUGAAAUCUUUCUUAGGGGAUAAAUUCUACGGGAAAAAAAGACAACAAGUUUUUGAUUGGAGUGUUUUUAUAAAGGAAUAAAUUUUGCAAAUUCAUUCUCAGAACCGCAAGAGAGCCUGUGUCAUGUGCCAGACGCUUGUCUCCUGGACCUACGUCACGUCUUUCACCAAAAAUGCUUUGAAAAGGUUCAACUCACUGAUAAUAAUCUUAAAGGAGGUUUUUCAGAGAAGACUGGAUCAAGUCGCUGACCAACGACGACGCCGAGAAGUCGGCAACUUUAACCGCGACUCUUGAAAAAGGAGGACGAAAGUAAGAAUUCGAUUCGUUUGAAAAGAAUGAACUGAAACAUUUUCAGGUACAUUUGCAUGGAUCAUUUCGAGGCGAAUCAGUUAGACAAAAACGAGGAUGGCAGCGUCGAAAUGACUCGCACCGCGAUUCCUUGUUAUUAUGUAAGUUCCACCUUAGGAUAGAACGCACUUGAAAUAGCUGUAAUGCGGCUGCAUCAGACCCAAAACGACUUGCGCGCGUACAAAUGAGAGAGUAUCAGAGCUAGAUAUGGUCUGCUCAGAUUUUGAAUCUCAAGCUCGAUAGCAUCAUUCAAAGUUCCUCUUUGGAGCGCUCGCUCUCUGAUUGGCCUUUAGGGGUCUUUAGGGGCAGAGCUUGAGGGAUGAUUUGACAUAAAAACUUAAAACAGACUAAUUUUUGAAACAUUCGACUUGAUACCGUGGUAUUUCGAACCGCGACAAAUAAAGUUUAUCAAUCAUUUUUAUUUUUCAGGACCCUGAGACUUUUACCAAAAAAAUCGGCACAAAGCACGAACACAUCGAUCUCGUAACUAUCGCCGAAACCACAACAAAGAGGCAUGUUUAAUAAUAUUUUUUUAAAAUAAUCACUGCCAAAGUUUCUUAACAUGAAUUUUUUUUGGGUAAAAAUUUGGUAUAUUCUUCACUUGUUCUAACUUUUUGCUACUAAAGUUUGGAAAAUAUAUUUCAAGCAAGAUACUCAGAAGACCGUGUCAUUUUUUGCUCGAUCUUUGAAAAUAAUAUAACCCCUCUCUAACUUUGUCGGGAACUCUUUCAUAAAAAGAAUUCUUUCAGCUUCAGGAUGUCGAAAAGCCAACAAAAAAACGUUUGGUCGAUGAAGACGAAAAGGUAGUAGAACGGCAAAAUGAAGAGAUUUUAGAAUCUUGAUUAUAGGAAGCGAUCGACGAGAACAGCGCUCCAGCGAGUCCAAAACGUCCGAAACUCGUUUUCAGCACAAAGAACAAUGAUUCGACGUUUUAUUGGGAUCAGGCGAUGCCGGCGCUUGACCGCAUGGAUUUCGAACUUGUGGGUUUCAUUUUUGUUCUAUUUUUUUUUCUCGCUAAAAACAUAUGUUUAGUAGAAGAUGGUGUUCGAGAUGGUGAUAGGAUCAUGUGAAGCUUUGAAACCAAAAUAAUUUGUAAAUUGCUCUAUGACCAAACAGGAACUGUCAAUUUUCGAUUUUUUUUUUCUCGAUUUCAAACAUUUUCUUUUUCUAUCAUAGUCUUCUCCGUCAUGUUUUUUUUUUUACUUUUUAAAAUUAUUUCUAAACUAGUUUUUUUCAUAGAAAACUCAGACUUCUGUAUUUAAAGUAGAAAUUUGAAAAUGCUUUACAAUAUGGCCGAAGUUGUCUUUUAUCAAAAGUUAUAUUUUAUCGACCAGAAACUCCUUCAAGUGGUCUCUUAUAAGAACCACACAUGCAGGGAAGCUUGGAAAAGGGUCUGGCGGCAAGCGAUUCCGAUUCGGAGCCCAGCUCCUCGCCGGUGAAUCUCUUGGAAACCGUUUCGGACCAGGAUGUCGAAGCCGAACGACCUGCGAGCACCUUGGAUCUGCUGCUCAGUUCCAUCGAUCAGAUGAUCAGCGGUCUCGCUUCCGCCUCCGCUCGUCGUUGA